CCCUACUGGCCCCUUCUGCAAGCUAAGCUAUGAACUGUUCUUCCUCUUUUUUUUUUUUGCUUAUUUUAAUGGAAUAUCACGUUGAUUUCUCUGUUUAUUAAUGGCCAAGAGGGAGAGAGAGAGAGCCACUAUUUGUGUUUAGAGGGGAGAGAGAGGAGAAGAGAAGAGGUUUUUUAUAGAAGAGAUCGAAGUCUUACCGUUAAUUUGUCCUCUCUUCUCUUCUUCUUCUUCUUCUUCCUUUUCAUCUAAUGGAAGAGGAGGAGGAGGAGAGGCGGAGGGAGAGAAGUAGAGUGGAUAAGCUUCUGUUCUUCGUCUUUGUUUAAGAGAGGGAAGAGAUAGAGAGAGAGAGUAGAGAUAGAGAGAGAGAUGGCGAGUGGAGGGAGUAGUCCGCAGUAUUACAGGUCGAGGUUUGGGGACACGACUUUGACGAAGGUGUUUGUGGGAGGAUUGGCGUGGGAGACGCCGACGGAGGAGCUUCGGCGAUACUUUGAGCAGUUUGGAGAGAUUUUGGAGGCGGUUAUUAUAACCGAUAAGAAUACUGGCAGAUCAAAGGGCUACGGAUUUGUGACAUUUCGAGACCCCGAAUCGGCGAGACGGUCCGUGGCGGAUCCCAACCCGUUAAUUGAUGGGAGGCGGGCCAACUGUAACAUUGCUGCACUGGGCCGGGCCCGACCUUCUCCUCCGCGAGGACGAGGCCCAGCAGCCGGGAGCAUUUAUCAGGGCCCACCGCAAGCAGCGGGCCCACCAUACACCAGAAUGCCAGCUCAAAUGCCGCCUCCUCCUCAAGUUUUCUACCCUUCGCCAUAUGGGUAUAUGACCUAUACCGCAGAAUAUGGGUAUCAACCGGGCAUGUACAAUCCUCAAAUGGCAUCACAGUAUUAUCAACAGAUGAUGUAUGGUGCGACAGCAGCACCAAACAUUGGCCAUCAGCCAUAUAACUAUCCGCAUAUGAAUUACAUGAUUCCAUCACCCAGGACGAGCUUUCCUCCAUCCAUGAUGCAACCUCAACAAGCUGCUGCUCAUCGUCAACCGUAUGGCCAUAACGCCAUGGGCAUGCCUCACAUGGACAUGGAUGGAUCAUUCUUCCCAUCAUCCGGAUUGCCUCAUGGCCUUCAGCUUCAGCUUCCACCGCAUAUCAGGCAAUCACUCCCAACUCCAGAUUCUCAGGCUUCUUCUCAGCCAUUAUCGACAGAUGGUGGGAACAAUGAAAGCUCAGAUGUUUAACAAUGGCAUUUUAUCUCUGAUCAUUGAAGGAAUAUUAAGGAGAAAUAUGUUGGAGAUGACUAAUUAGUCUGACUUGAUGGAGAAGGUUGAGGAGGAUGAUGAAGAGAAGAUUACCACAAAGUCUGGAAUCAAUUAAUUUCUGAUGUGUUUUUUUCAUUUCCUUCUCAAUUUUAUUCUUUUGUCAUCAUUUUCAGGAUAUUCCUUUUUUAUCACUCAUUUAUUUAUAAAUAACAUGUGAAUAAAAUGAUUUUUCUUUCUAUUUA